UUUAUUUUUUUAUUAUUGUUGAUCAGUGUAUAUAUUUAAUAGGUUAUAGGCUAUAAUAAUAAACUGAUAAAUUAUCAAAUGUCUGAGUGUGUAUCUUAUCUCAUAUGUUUAUCUGUUUAUUAUCAACUUAUGAUUUUCCUGACCUAAGUCAACUGUUACUCUGUAUACGCAUACUCUUGUGUAUACACAUAAAUGAGAAAAGAAAAGACAGUAAAAAAAGUUUUCUUUCAAAUUUAUCUUGGGGACGAUGACUACCUCAACAAAAAUCACUGAUAAUUUGCAUCUUUCAUUGAUACAAUGUUUUGUUGUAAUUUUAUAAAGAUUAGAGAUAAUAACAAUAUUUAAAGCAACUGAAUUAAAUACAUUUGCUAGAACAUUAGCUCUACCAUCACUAAUAUUGGAAAUUUCUAAUGUCAGCAUUACUUGCAAAAGGUACAAAUGCUGGACGUGCAACAUCUUUUACAAUAUUUGCAACUUAGGAAAUAAUUUUGCAAUUGGUUAUCCAAUGAUUGAUGCUUUGUACAGUUCAAUACAACCAAAAUAUGCAUCACAUUUUUAUUCAAUGGCACCAAUGAAAAUUGGUAAACGUCGUAUAGGUAAAUUGCUUCAAAUCCAAUUUUAUUUAUGACAGUCAUAAGAUAUUGAGCCAUCAUGUGCCAGUUGUUUAAUCAGAAAUGUAUGGUGUAUUUGGCAAGAAAUUUUCUGGAAGUGCAUUAUAUUUUCUUGGUUUUAUGAUGGUUGGAAAAUUACAUACAUUAAAAGUGGUAAUUACGGAUUAAAUGGUGCACGUGGUUUACAACCUAAUUUAUGUGCAGCCACAUCAAGUGUUUUUGAUGAAUGUGAGCCAGGACCUGAAUAUUUGAAUGAUAAUUUAAGAAGUUAUAAUGAUGAUCCACAAAUACUUCAGCAUCUUAUCCUUCUUAUUAUACUUUUGUGUUCCACGCUAUUUGUAUUAUCACUGUUCUCAAAGAAGAACUCGUAACAAUUGCCGAGCUCGUGCCAGGCUUAUAACUCGACAAAAUACUUUUACUGUCAUGGGUAAUCAUAAUCAUGAACUGACAAGGACUAAUCCACGUGAAGAAACACAAUUUCGACGUGAGCUGAGGCAAGGCGUUUAUCACUCGUUCCGGUCUGUCUUUGAAAUUUAUCGCGAAAUAGCAAAUCAACCGAGAUUCGAACAAGUAUCACGUCGUGUGUCAUUUUCAUCAAUCCGAUCAACAAUGUACAGCUGGACUCGUCGACGACGUCUUCCAGAUAUUACAACAUAUCGUUCGGUGAUUGACUACUUACGUAUGCCAGUGUGGGCAUCAUUAUUACGUUUAACAAACGUUCAAUUACGAGUUUAUGUAGCACGUACUAAUAAUAAUGACACGUCACUGGUUUUUAUGGCUAAUCGCCAAUACUUUCAACAAAUCAAUACAAGAGCUACUUUAAAUCUUGCAUUUUCUGAUUGGUCUUUACCAGACGUUGACAAUACGAGUGAUUUAUUAACUAUCACAGUCAAUUAUCAAAGCCAUUCUUUUCCAGUUGGUUGGGCAGCAUUAAAUGUAAAAAAUCAAAAUACAAUGCAGAGUGUUCUGGAAAGGUUUCGAGAUGAGUUUCAAUCAGUUGACAAUAUUUUUACGACUCCAGAAUUAUUAGCAGCAACAGAAACAGUAUUUCCCAAUGCAUCAGUUCGUAUAUCGUUUGCUGAAACAGCUGUUUCACUAAUUAAAGAAAUGUACGAAAAAAAUAUUAAUAUGAACGAUGAGAAUAUUCAGAUUUUAUUUUCGAAAAUUUUGGGAAUUUUCGUGCUUCCAAGAAUUGUAUCUGGUGCUUGCUUUCAACGUAUUAAAUAUAUCAUCAAUAAUAUGGACGAGCCAACUAAAGCUAGAUUGGUCAGUAUCAUUGGAUAUAUUCGACAAAAUUAUGUAAAUAGUUUAAUAAGUAACGAUGAAAAUCAUCCGGCUUACGAUUUAUUUGAUGACACUUGGCUCAGUAGUAUUAGGAAAAUGCAAGGAGACUUGCACGACCAACAUCAUGUCAACUUUUAUGAAUUCAUGAAAGCAUCAUUGUAUUCUCUUGAAGAACAUUGGACAAAAUUGAUAAAAGUAAAAGACCGUAUUCCUGUACGAUCAUGUCGAGUACGUCUUUGUUUGAAAAAAACUCAGUUAGGACGUUUCUGGAGUUGGUAUGAUGAUGAUAAGCCAAUCACUCAAGCACUUGAAAGAGCACAAGCAAUUACAUUACCAUUCAUUCAAGACACUUGUGCAUGUUUUAAUUUGUCAUAUAACAGUUUAAAUGAUCAUGCAGGAAAUGAUACAGAUAAUGAUAAUGACGAUGGUAGAGAUGAUGAUCUUGACAUGGGUAGUGAUAAUGGCGAUGAUGGUCAUGCUGAUAAUAACAAUGCUGAUCUUGAUAUUCAUAGUGACAAUGAUGUUGAUAAUAAUAGUCAUGCUCAUAAUAAUGAUGAUGAUAAUUAUUCAGAUGACAAUAGCAAUCAUCAUGAUGAUUUAAAUGUCAACAGUGAUCAUCAUGAUGAUUCAGAUGGCAAUAGCAGUCGUCAUGACGGUUCAGAUGCCAGUAGUGAACAUAGUGAUGAUUCAGAUAGCAAUAGCAGUCGUCAUGACGGUUCAGAUGCCAAUACUGAACAUAGUGAUGAUUCACGUGCCAAUAGUGAACAUGAUGAUGCUGAUUCAGAUGCCAAAAGCAGUCAUCAUGACGAUUCAGAUGUCAAUAGUAAUCAUCAUGAUGAUUCAGAUAUCGCCAAUAGUGAACAUGAUGAUGAUGAUGAUAAUAAUAAUGUUGUUGAUGCUGUUGUUGUUGCUAAUAAUGUUGAUGCUGGUGUUAUUAAUACUGAUGAUGAUAAUGAUAAUAAUGUUGAUGCUGGUGUUAUUAAUAUUGAUGAUGAUAAUGAUGAUGAUAAUAAUGUUGAUGCUGGUGUUAUUAAUAUUGAUGGUGAUCCUGAUGAUGAUAAUAAUGUUGAUGAUUUUAUGAAUAUUGAUGAUGAACUAGUGGAACAAGGGUUUCCAAGAUUUAAUAAUAAUAAUAAUAAUAAUAAUGCAACAGUACAACACAGUUUAGGCAGUGAUGUUGAUUACACACCACGUUUUUUUGUCGAUGAUGAUGAAUCAUAUGCUGAUAAAAGGUACAACAUUAAAUGCUCUAGAUGUGGUAAUAAUGACGCAGAAUUUAUGGCUCCAACUUGUGGUCACCUCUUGUAUUGUACCACAUGCAAGUUGGACAAUGUAGAGUUCUUGUGCCCAAUAUGUGGUACAGAAUCAAGGGAACUACGCAAGAUAUUUUUGAACCAAAUGGGAGGAGAAGGAACAGGCAAAUGUUCAAUAUGUUUAGUUCGGCCUCUGCAAAUGAUACCUAUAAAAUGUAGUCAUGUUGCAUGUUGUGAAGAAUGCACCAGAACACUUGCUAAUGAUUCCAAUAGGAAAUCAUUAUAUAAUGUAAAAUGUAUAACCUGUAGGGAAACGUGCCAAGGUUUUAUCCCAUUGAAAAUUCUUGCAGUAUAAAUAUAAAUAUAAAAUUAAUAUAUAUAUUCUGUUACUUUUGAUAUAUAUAUUUUUUUUUAUAACUUUUAUAACGUAAUAGUUUUUUUACAUUUCUUAUAACAUUUUCAUUUUGUUUUGGCUGAAUUAGCUGUUAUUGGCGUGUUUUUUUUUAAUAAUCCAAUCAACAAACACAUUUUUUUUUUAAAUAAUUACAAGAAGAAAUGAUGAUUGAUUCAGGAAUUUUUUAUUUUUAAUAUUAGAAUAUUAUUUGUUUGUAAUGAUUUUCAAGUUGAAAUAAAACAAAAAUAAAUUAAUUUUAUGUGGUUAAUAUGUG